AUGGAGUGGCUGGAGAACGAAGAGUAUGUGCGGCUGCUGCGGUUUGCGGUGGAAGGGAUGAGCGGGCUGGUGGAGCUCGACUCUGCGCCUGCCUUUCCGGAGGAGUUUGCUGGUCGCCCUGUGGUUGUCCGUGACGUGGAAUGCCGCCGGUUCCAUGGCCGCAAGCCGUUCCCUGACUCUGUUCCGUGGAAGUCGCCGCGGGGAUGGCGACAGCUGCGGGCCAUCAAGGAGCUUGACGUCCGCGUACAGUACCGAUCGCGGGCGGACGGGGCGUUCAAGCUCCGCCGCUACCGGCUCGGGACCGACGACUCGCUGGUCAUCCUCCACGUCGCCGCCGUCCUCCCGGCGGGCAUGACCGAGUUUGCUGCCCUCCGCACCUCGGUUGCUUCGACAGGCCUCCUCCCGCAUGGUCAGCCGCCGCUGCUCCCGACCUCGGUCUUCCUCGCUCCGUUUGCGCCGCUCGAGGCGCUGGCCCUCCACGGCCGCGCAGCGACGGCGAGCGAGCCACUGCUGCGCUCGCCUCGCGCAACCUUGGACGAUGGCACCAGUUGCCCGCUGUCGUCCAAACCCUACUCUUGCUCGGCGUCUGCUAUGGACGUCGAGCUGAGCAAGACAACAGACGAUGCGCUCUCUGUUGGCUGCAAUGGCCCGAGCCUCGACCUCGACGCCAUGCACUUGCUCUCUAACAGGUACGACUUUGAUCCGCUCGACUCGCUGGGGCCGUCGCCUAUGGCGUCGUUUGGAAGUCACCUCGGCGGCCUUGGCUCGCUCGGCGGCGGCUUUGGCGAUGUGUCAUGCACCGCAGCCCACAUGCCCGGCCCUGCGCUCUUCGCGCGCUCGGCCGGGACGUCGGACGAGGGCCUGGGCCUCGGCUCGCUCAUCACGCCAGUCGGUCUCGACGCCCCAGUCGCGCGGGACAUGGCUUUUCCCAUGGAUGAGGAACCGGCGCAAAACGCGUCAGCCACCCCAGACUUGCUCUCGGCACCCUACGCCAUCACCCGCAUUGAGCCCAUCGCCCGCCUUACCUUUGACUCGAACGGAGCAAGCCAAGGGAUGGGCACAGGCUCAGGGAAUGGCGCACGCCAGGUGGCUGCUGCCGCGCCGUCGGCUCUGCCUGCGGCCCAUUCUCCAGACUUUACUCCUCUCACGCCGCUCUCGUAUGCCGCAUUCCCCCCUCCGACCGCCAUGGACGAUCUGCCGUCGCCCGUCUACGAUGGCGGCUGCCACUUUUCCAUGGACUACUGA